CCGGGGCGCUCACGUGACCCACGUCAGCUGACCCGUCAUGGCUGGUACCCGCGCCUAAUGGGUUCUUCCGUCCCAAGCGCCCAGCAGAGUGGUCCCACCGCCCCGGUGAGAGUGGCUGCAGCUCCGUCCUGCACUGAGCACGGAUCCUGGUGCCCACUUCUUCCAGCAUGGAGGGGCUGCUUCAGAGUGUGGAGAGGGACCUUAGCAUUGACUCCCGACAGCUGGCACCGGCUCCAGGGGGUACCUGUGUGGUAGCCCUGGUGCCCUUACGGUGGCUGGCAAGUCUCCGGGAAAGGAAGCUGCCUCCUGGGCCCUGUCCCCGAGCUGAGGGGUUAGGUGAAACUGAAACCAGGACCCUCCUCCAGCGCUCAGUGCAGAGGCUGCCAGCUGGAUGGACACGGGUGGAAAUACAUGGGCUGCGGAAACAGAAGCUGGCCUAUCCACUGGCUCUGGGCUUCAACCCAUCCUCUGAAGAGCGCUCUGGGGUCCCCGAGACCUUGACCAGAUUCAUGAGGGAUACGGCUGCUCAGAACUAUCGCAACUUGUGGCAUGGAGCCUACCAUGCCUACGGGCGACCGUAUAACCAAGCUGCUGCUCCACCCGAAGGUUCUGCCCUCGAUGCUGUGAGGCAGGCCUUGCAGAAGGUCUAUGGCUAUCCAUUCCUUCAAGUGGGUAGGGGCACCCAGUGUCCCUCUCCUGGGAGGGAGGGCCCCUCAGCUUCCAGGGCUGGAACGGUCUGCCCCAACCUCUUAAGACCCGAAGCACUCAUCGAGUCCUCAGAAAUGCUGUAUGUCGUAUACCCCCACGUGCAAUACUGUCUUCAUGACGUGGUCACUUUCAGUCCAGCCAAGCUCAGUAACAGCCAUGCCAAAGUGCUCUUCCUCCUAUUCCACGUGCUGCAAGCCAUGGAUGCCUGUCACCAACAAGGCCUGGCUUGUGGGGCCCUCUCCCUGUGCCACGUGGCUGUGGAUGAGAAGCUUUGCAGCCAGCUCCAGCUGGACCUGAGUGCUUACGAGGCCCCCAAGGAAGAGCAAGAAGAGAAGCCUGUGAAGAAUAUUGUGGAGGCUGAGCCUCUGAGGGCCCCUGAGCCCAGGAAAGGAGAAGGUCCCAGGGACCCUGUUUGCCAGGAAGAGCUGAGGAGGCUGGUUUUAGACUGGGUGCAUGGCCGAGUCAGCAACUUCCACUACCUCAUGCAGCUGAACUGGCUGGCGGGGCGCCGAUGGGGAGACCCCAACUACCACCCCGUGCUGCCCUGGGUGGUUGAUUUUACCACUCCGAAUGGGCGCUUCCGGGAUCUGCGCAAGUCCAAAUUCCGCCUCAACAAGGGGGACAAGCAGCUGGAUUUCACUUAUGAGAUGACACGUCAGGCAUUUGUGGCAAGUGGUGGUGGUAGUGGUGGAGAGCCACCUCAUGUGCCACACCACAUCUCGGACGUGCUGUCUGACAUCACCUACUACGUGUACACAGCACGGCGCACACCCCGAGCUGUGCUUUGUGGCCACGUGAGGGCCCAGUGGGAACCCCAUGAGUACCCAGCCAGCAUGGAACGCAUGCAGAGCUGGACGCCCGAUGAAUGCAUCCCUGAAUUCUAUACCGACCCCACCAUCUUCCGCUCUAUCCACCCAGAUAUGCCGGACCUGGAUGUGCCAGCCUGGUGUAGCUCGGGGGAAGAGUUUGUGGUGGCCCAUCGGGCAUUGCUAGAGAGCCGAGAGGUGUCCCAAGACCUUCAUCACUGGAUUGACCUGACUUUUGGCUACAAAUUACAAGGCAAGGAGGCAGUGAAGGAGAAGAAUGUAUGCUUGCACCUUGUAGACAACCACACCCAUCUGACCAGUUAUGGUGUGGUGCAGCUCUUUGACCAGCCCCAUCCCCAGCGCCUGGUUGGCCCCUCAGCCCUAGCCCCUGAGCCACCGGUCAUCCCUAGGCCUCUCAUCCAGAGAGUCCGAGAGACUGCUGGUCGAGAAGACAUCCCGGGCCAGUUGGUUGCUGGGGCUGAUGGUUUGGUCUUGGAGGCCACACCCUGUGAAGCCUCCUGGGGUGGGGACAGGCCACUUGGGGGCGAUGAUGACUUGGAACAAGGGACAGAGGCCUUGGACUCCAUCUCUCUGGCUGGCAAAGCUGCUGAGCAGCCUUAUCCUCCUUCCUCCUUGCAGGCCUCUGGCCACCCUUUCUCAUCAGGCUCGAUGACACGGCUGGGCCGCAGAAGCAAGGCUGGAGGAGUGGACGUUGGGGAGGGGGAUGAUGGGAGGAUUGUCCUUCCUGAGGGCUUCGACCCCCUGCAGGCUCUGGAAGAGCUGGAGAAGUUGGGCAACUUCGUGGCCAGAGGCCUUCGUGGCCGAGUGGAGGCCCUGGGAGGUCCCCAAGCUGCGCCGGCCCUGAAGCUCGCCGAUCUCUUCCAGAGGGACAUGCAGGCGCUGGGCGUCCUUGUGGCUGAGAUUGUGUUUGCAGCCCGGGUGCGCGUGCUGCGGCCUCAUGCCCCGUUGUGGGAACGCUUCCUGACUGUCCGCGGGCUCUGUUCCCGCUACCCCAAGGAGAUCCCCAUCCCCUUGCAGCCUGUUUUAGAAACCCUGCUGCAGCUGAGCGAGCCCGUGGAAUCACUGGCAACCCAGAGGCGGGGGGCAGGCCAGCUCUUUGCCUAUAAGCCCAUCUCCUGGGGCCUGCCCCCUCCCAGUCCUGCUCAGCUCCUCAGCCCAUACAGCUCAGUCGUGACCUUUCCCUCUUACUUCCCGGCCCUUCACAAGUUUAUUCUUCUGUACCAGAGGAGGAAGGUGGAGGAUGAGGUUCAGGGGCGGGAGCUGGUGUUCCAGCUGUGGCAGCAGCUGGAUGGGAUCCUGCAGGAGAUCACACCCGAAGGCUUGGAGAUCCUCCUUCCCUUUGUGUUGUCGCUGAUGUCAGAGGGCCACACGUCCGUGUAUGCUGCCUGGUACCUGUUUGAGCCCAUUGCCCGGGCCCUGGGCCCCAGGAAUGCCAACAAGUACUUGUUGAAGCCCCUGGUCGGGGCCUACGAGAAUCCCUGCCACCUGCAUGGCCGUUUCUAUCUCUAUACAGACUGCUUUGUGGCCCAGCUGAUGGUCCGCCUUGGGCUGCAGGCCUUCCUCUCCCACUUACUGCCCCACGUCCUUCAGGUCCUGGCUGGUGUGGAGAUUUCUCAGCAGGAGACCAAGUGCCUGGGAGGGACGGCAGAGGAGGAGAUUGGGGAAGGGGAUGAGGGUCCAGGCCCCUGUACCUUUGGGGAAGCCAUCCAAAUGGAAGGGGACCCGGGUUCAGCGGGACUGGGACUCCUGGAUUACACAUCUGGCGUCAGCUUCCAUGACCAGGCCGACUUGCCUGAGAGCGAGGACUUCCAGGCAGGGCUCUACGUGUCGGGGUCUCCCCAGCCUCAGGAGCCCGAGGCGCUCAGCCUAGGACGGCUGAGUGACAAGAGCAGCACCAGUGAGGCAUCCCUGGGGGAGGAUCGGCCUGGGGAUGAAGCUGGGCUCCCGCGGGACAAGAGCAGCCUCAGGUCAGGGGACAGCAGCCAGGACCUGAAGCAGAGUGAAUGCUCAGAGGAGGGGGAGGAGGAAGAGGAGGAGGAAGAGGACCUUGUUGGACAAGGGGGAAGAGUUGGGGAGGAGGAAGAAGAUGAAGAACCAGACGGUGCCCCACUAGUGUCUGAGCUCCCCCUCCCAGACACCGGCGUCCCUGUGGACACUGUUCUACCAAACGAUGAGGUCGAUGGGGAGGAAGAAGGAGACCUCACUGACCAGUCUGAGGACAAGGAGCAAAAGAUCCUCCUGGAUACUGCCUGCAAGAUGGUCCGCUGGCUGUCUGCCAAGCUCGGCCCCACGGUCACAUCCCGCUAUGUGGCCCGGAAUCUUCUGCGCUUGCUGACCUCCUGCUAUGUUGGCUCCACAAGGCAACAGUUCAUGGGCAGCAGCAAUGGCAUGAGCCCCUUGAACUCAGGCAACAUCUACCAGAAGCGUCCGGUGUUGGGAGAUGUGGUGUCAGCCCCCGUGCUGGGCUGCCUCAUGCACAUGGCCUGCCUUUAUGGGGAGCCUGUCCUCACUUACCAGUACCUGCCCUACAUCAGCUACCUGGUGGCUCCUGCAGGGGGGGGCGGUCCCAGCCGCCUGAAUAGCCGCAAGGAGGCCGGGCUGCUGGCAGCUGUGACCCUGACCCAGAAGAUCAUCGUCUACCUCUGUGACACAACGCUCAUGGACAUCCUGCCCCGCAUCAGCCACGAGGUCCUUCUGCCGGUGCUCAGCUCCCUGACCUCACUCAUCACAGGGUUCCCUGGGGGUGCCCAGGCCCGCACCGUCCUGUGUGUGAAGACCAUCAGCCUGAUCGCCCUGAUCUGUCUGCGCAUCGGGCAGGAGAUGGUCCAGCAGCACCUCAGUGAGACAGUGGCCACCUUCUUCCAGGUGUUCUCCCUGGUGCAUGAGCUUCAGUGCCAGGCACUGAGGCCAGAGACUCCCAGCCCGAGCGAGGGCCGUGUGCUGGAGGUGCCCUUCUCAGAUGGGCAGCAGCGGUCCGUUGACCUGGCCUUGCUGGACGAGCUGCAGAAGGUGUUCACUCUGGAGAUGGCCUACAUGACCUACGUGCCCUUCUCCUGCCUGCUGGGUGACGUCAUCCAGAAGAUCGUCCCCAACCAUGUGCUCGUGGGGCAGCUGGCAGGGCAGUAUUUGGAGAGUGCCAGCCCAGUGGGCCAGGACCCCAUGAACUUGGCACCCAUGCCCAGCACCUGCCCAGAGCAGGACCCACAAGGCAGAGGAGUAAAUCACGAUGACGGCAACUCGGGCACCUUUGGCAGCGUCAUGGUUGGGAACCGGAUCCAGAUUCCUGUAGACACAGGGCCUGAGAGUCCGGGUCCCCUUGGUCCCAGCUCGGGGGCGACUGGCAGUGUCGGGAGCCUCUGUGAGAUGGGUGGGGAGGAGAACUCACUGAAGCGGGACCUGCCUCGAUGUGCCCAUGGAUUGAGCGGAAAUUGGCUGGCCUACUGGCAGUACGAGAUCGGCGUCAGCCAGCAUGACGCCCAUUUCCACUUCCACCAAAUCAGGCUGCAGAGCUUUCUGGGCCACUCGGGGGCUGUGAAGUGCGUGGCCCCCCUGGGCAACGAGGACUUCUUCCUGAGUGGGAGCAAAGACAGGACAGUGAGGCUCUGGCCGCUUUACAACUGUGGAGAUGGCACCUGUGAGACAGCGCCACGCCUCAUCUACACCCAGCAUCGCAAGAGCAUCUUCCACGUCAGCCAGUUGGAGGCUUCCCAGCAGGUAGUGAGCUGCGAUGGCACCGUCCAUGUCUGGGACCCAUUCACAGGGAAGACCGUGCGGACAGUGGAGGCUUGGGACAGUCGGGUGCCCUUGACUGCUGUGGCCGUGAUGCCUGCCCCCCACACCAGCAUCACCCUAGCCAGCGCCGAUUCCACCCUGCGUUUUGUGGACUGUCGGAAGCCCGGACUGCAGCACGAGUUCCGUCUGGGGGGCGGUGUGAACGCCGGUCUCGUCCGAUCCUUGGCCGUUAGCCCCAGUGGCCGGAGUGUCAUAGCGGGCUUCUCCUCGGGCUUCAUGGUACUCCUGGACACCAGGACUGGACUUGUGCUUCGAGGGUGGCCGGCUCACGAGGGUGACAUCCUGCAGAUCAAGGCUGUGGAAGGGAGCACCCUGGUCAGCUCCUCCUCCGAUCACUCUCUGACCGUCUGGAAAGAGCUGGAACAGAAGCCCACCCAUCAUUACAAGUCUCCCUCGGACCCCAUUCACACCUUCGACCUGUAUGGCAGUGAGGUGGUGACGGGCACAGUGGCCAACAAGAUUGGCAUCUGCUCCCUGAUGGAGCCCCCUUCCCAGGCUACCACCAAGCUCAGCUCUGAGAACUUCCGGGGGACGCUCACUAGCCUGGCAGUGCUGCCCACCAAGCGCCACCUUCUGCUGGGCUCGGACAAUGGGGCCAUCCGCCUGCUGGCAUAGGCGAGGGGCACACACAGCAUCAGGCAGAUGUGGGCACAGACUUCUUCCUCCCUGUUUGGUGACUCGGCCCAGCCAGCAUGGUGUUUGGGCUUCCAGGGCAUGGCUCAGCUGGGCAAAGGGCCCCAGGGCUCUGUACCGUCUGUGCCUGACACCAAAGAGAAGAAGCCCAGGUCCCAAGGCCCAAGACCUGCCCCUGAUGCCCCGUGCUAACAUCCAGAAGCCUUGUUCUGGUGCUCUUGGCAUAUGCACGGGUACAUUCUGGACCCAAGGAAGCCCUCUGGGCCAAAGCCCCGCAGGGAAUGGAGGAGACAUGAGCCCCGGGGAGGCCUUGACUUGUGCCUUGGGUAUCAUGGCCGGCCGGGAUGUCACUCUCCUGACCCCGCAUUCCCACCACGAGGACACAGGGGCUGCUCCUUAGCUGUGAUCUGCCUCGAUGAGGCUUUGGCUCUUUAAGUAACAAUCUGUUCUUACUGACUUCCUGCUGAGGUGGGGGGUGGGGGAGCAGCGAGGGGAGAGAUGGAAUGCCCUUCUGAUCCUGAUGGAGAAGGGUGCUGAUGGCUUGGGUUGUGUCCUCCCCUCCUUCCCUCACUGUGAGAGGGUCCUGCUCCUCUGUGUACCCCAGGAGGAAAGGCAGAGUGGGGAGUGAGCGGGGAGGAAGACAGCAAUAUCUGGCCAGCCAGAUUAGUGAGCUGGUGCUGAUCACAAACCACUCCUGAGGGCUUCAGCCCAUAGAUGGAAUCCUGUCUGGGGCAGGCUCAGGGUGACACGGUCCUUCGUGGGGACACUUGCUUUGUCCCAGGGGCCUCUGUCCCUGUCCUAUCUGGUUUAGGACCAAUAUAGGGAAGAGAGAGGAAAUGAAGUAAAAGGAGAGUGGCCAGGCGUGGCUUACCAGAUAGCCAGUGGACCAUGUGUUCUCCUGUACCUCCCCCCUCCCCAAAGGGGGUAAAGGGACAGUGCCUCCCCUCCCGUCUCACCCUAGCAUUCUGUGCCUUGAGCUGGGGCAGCAGCUUCCAGACCCUUGCCCCAGGGGGCCCUUGGCUGUCAGACUGGGGAAGAGGUUCCCGUAGGUCCCGGGAAUCUCUCAUGGGGCAGCAUUCCCAGAACCCGGGUGGGGGAGCACGGUGCCUCUCGGUGCCAGCCUCCCAUUCACUCUUUGCAAUACAUGUAAAUAUGACAAUAAACAUUUUGGAAGAGCCAGGAAAUGGAGUGUGGCUUUUGG